UUUUUUGAAUUCAGAGUUUAAUAAAUAACCCCCUGGUGAUGUCACUGAAGGGAGUUAAAUUACCUGCAUUGACAUCACCAGGGGGGAGGAGCAUAUAAGAUUUUUUGGCUCGUACCCACAUAUUGUUGGCCCAAACUCAGGAGUUCCAUAGGCUUCAUCUGACCCAUGAACGGCUUCUGCUUAUUCCAGUAUGUGGGCAAACUUCCAGCAGGCAAAUAAUUCAAAGUGAAGAGAGUUUAUUGUGUCCACAGCCUUACGCGUUUCGUGUCAUAAACACUUAAUCACAGGCCUAUGAUUCACUUUGAACUAUUUGCCUGGGGGAAGUUUGCCGUCAUUGAUUGCCUGCUCCAAAUGGUUUUUCUGUUUGUUGGCUCCCCAUGCUGAGGGCUCAGGGCGGUGCAGCUUUUCGUGGUGAGUUAUCACUCUAUACUUGGAGACCUUAAUAUCUCAGAUACAUCAUUAUUCCAGUAUGUACCAGGAUAUAACAGGGAAAUUGUAUUACAUUACUGGAUAACAUGGCACAUUGGGUUUUGCAAAAACCAAACACGGUUUAUUCCGACAACACAACUCCUUUAAAUAACCCGUCACAGGAAAGGUGGCGCUUUGCUGUUAUUUACAAUGUAUUAAUAGUCUAAUAGUCUCCCUUUCUUUCCCACCAUUUCCGAGCUUCAUCGUGUAUAAUUUGCACAGAAUAAUAAGUGAUCCGUUUCCGUCUCGUGCGUGUAAUAGAUGUCACGUCAGUCUCAGGAUCAGAAGCCGUGUAAAAGAUCGGGCACUUUCAGAAGCUUAAAUAGCAGCGCUCCACCUCCAUACGAUUUGUAAUACACGCGUCUUAGAAUAGAUCCGUGGAAGUAUUAGGAAAGUAUUAAAGUGACACUGAUUCAUGCCUGUGCGUGACUUUCACUUAUAUAAAUACCUGUUUUAUGUUCCAUUGCAGCUCAUUCAGCUUAAACAGGGCACCGAGGCUCUUAUUAUGUCUGUUCAUGAAAUGGCUUCAUCUGAUCAUUCGGUCUCGUAUCUGUAUGAGCAGAGCGGCCACUUCCUGCAGGAACUCUACUACCUGCUUGAGCUCAAGAAGAUUUGGGAAAGGCAGUCGGGCAGGUUAAGCGGAGCCCUGCAGCUGUACACAGGGAAGGAGACCAAGAAACUAGACACAUAUGACUUCCCCGCUACCAAAUGGUUAUGCACAGAUACGUCACAUACACUGACGGUGUCCCACAUGCAGCUGCAGAACAAGAGCUCACUCUGGCCAACUGUCAUCCUAAUUGGCACUUUGAUGUUUUGCCCGGCGUGGGCAGGGGAGCACAUCUGGACUGUAUUAAAGGGGCAGUUAUGGGCUCAUCUGGACUUGGAUUAUCAAUCUCCUCCACCAGUAUAAGGGC